AUGCCCGGAAAAAUCAUCGACAGAUAUGAUCACGUUCCUGUGACAAAGGAGAAUUUGGAUUGGGCGGAGCUAAUCACCCUCGACCUAAGCAAAUAUGAGCAGCCCGGUGGCAAGGAAGAGCUUGUUAAACAGCUAGAGCAUGCUGUUCAGCAUGUCGGAUUUUUCUAUGUGAAGAACUUUAACAUCAGCCAAGAGGAAGUUGAUCAGCAAUUCGCUUUGGGUCGCGAGUUUUACGCUUUGCCGCUCGAGGAGAAGCUCAAGUAUCAUAACGCGGAUGACCUCGUCAGGGGCGAAUACAAUGGAUAUCGACCUGCCGGUCAUCGCAUCCUCGGAAACGGAAUCAAGGAUAAUGUGCAGGUGUACAACAUUCCCAAGUUCGAUGGCUAUCAUGAGAGGCCGCAGCCUCAAGUGCUGUCGGAAAAUAUUGCUACGAUUGAGGCUUUCAGUCGCAAAUGCCACACUGAAGUAGUGGAAAAGCUACUUCGCCUUUUCGCCAUCCUCCUCGAGCUUCCAGACGAGGACCAACUAGUCCGUGACCACCAGUAUGACGUCAAAGGCGAGGAUCACCUACGCUACAUGCACUACGCAGCUCGCAGUGCGGAAGAUAACGAGAAAGUUGGCGGUCUCUACUCCCCUGGCCACACUGACCUGGGUUCAAUCACACUUCUGUUCCGCCAGCCCGUUGCUGCCCUGCAGAUUCUCAACUCGGAUGGAGAAUGGAAGUGGGUGCGUCCAGAGGACGGGACUAUUACUAUCAAUACCUGUGAUGCUUUGACGGCUCUCACUGGUGGUUUAAUCAAGUCCAGCGUUCAUCGUGUGCACACUCCGCCCGCAGACCAGGCACAUGUCGAUCGGCUGGGUGUUUUAUACUUUGCCCGGCCCAAUAACCAUAUUGUUCUGGACCCGAUCAAGAAUAGUCCACUGCUGAAUCGGCUGGGUCUGACGCAGAAUGUGUUUACUGAAUUAGGGCAACAUCUCACUACAGAGCAGUGGGUCAAGGUGCGACAGACUCAGCAACAACGGCGCAACAAGGAUGUCAAGGUGUCGAAGGAUGGAAAGUACACCUACGGAGAGAAGGCUCUGGAGAUCAUUCCGGGUCUUGAAGCCAAGAUAUAUAAUUAA